AUGACUUUUACCCCAAAAAUCGAGAGAGGAGAGUAUAGUUUGUUAUUUUUGGCAGACGAUUUUCGCUACAUCGUUCGACGUAACAUGUCUUCGCAUGCAUGUCGUCUUGCAGAAUUUCUGCCGUAUAUAUGUAGUGCGCUAUGCUUCGGCCCGAUUUUCUACAUGCAGUGUUCUCGUAUCUGA